AUGGCCGUCUUCCACGCAUGCGCACAUGCCCUGUUGAUGACCGUCCUCUGGGGUCACAUCUUGGAAGCAGACGCCCAAAGGUAUGUUGGGUGCUACAAGGAUUCCCGACCCCGAGAUAUUCCCAGCACAGACAAACUGACGGACUCGGAUGCCAUGACAGUGGAGAGAUGCUUUUAUUUUUGCAGAAAUUUCCAGUACUUCGGAAUACAGGCUGGUUAUCAGUGCCGAUGUGGUACCUCGUACGGUUACCAUGGCAAAGCAGACGAGAGUGAGUGUGACAUGACCUGCCCUGGUGACAGCAAGGAGAAUUGCGGUGGAGAUUGGAGAAAUGCUGUCUACGAGACCCCACGAGACUUGAAAGAAGAAUAUAUUGGUUGUUACAAGGACCAAUAUCCACGCGAUAUUCCCAGUAGCGGUAAGCUGGAAAGCAGCAAGAUGUACGUGCAGAAGUGUUUAGAUCAUUGUAGAGGUUACAGAUAUUUUGGACUCCAAGAUGGAGAAGAAUGUCGCUGCGGCAACUCCUACGGGUAUUACGGCAAAGCCUCCUCGGAAUCCGAGUGCGACCACUCUUGUGCCGGGAACAGUUCUCAGAUCUGUGGAGGCAACUGGAGAAACGGCGUGUAUGAAAUCAAGCCAAAAUAUGCCAAUGCUGUCUUUAUUAAGGCAACCGCAUAUACAGAAUACAAAGGUUGUUAUAAGGACCAGUACCCCAGGGAUAUCCCCAGUGAUGACAAGCUGGAGGACACCAGUGGAAUGGACAUACAGAAGUGCCUCUACCAUUGUAAAGGUUUUCGCUAUUUUGGAAUCCAGAAGGGGUACGCUUGUCGUUGUGGCAACUCCUAUGGGACAUACGGCAAAACGUCCGACUCCGAGUGCGACAUGAGUUGCCCCGGGGAAGGUUCAGAGAUUUGUGGGGGAGAUUGGAGAAAUGUGGUCUACGAAAUCAAAUCCCGCCCGUCCACUACAGUUUCUCAAAACACGGAAUACAAGGGCUGUUAUAAGGAUAAGUAUCCAAGAGACAUUCCUAGUAGUGAUAAACUGGAGGACAGCAGAAAUAUGGACCUACAAAUGUGUUAUGACCAUUGUAAGGGUUAUCAGUAUUUUGGCAUCCAGAGUGGAUUCGCUUGUCGUUGUGGCAAUUCUUAUGGGACAUAUGGCAAAACUUCUGACUCGGAAUGUUUUGUGGAAUGCCCAGGGGAGCGUUCAGAAGUUUGCGGAGGAGAUUGGAGAAAUGUGGUUUACAAAUACAAAGUCGAUGCAACUAGCACUAGUACCUCAGCUCCAUUCACGGGCGCCCAAUUAUCUUACGUCGCGCUGGGUGACUGGGGCAAGCCGGGGUCCAGUCAGGAGUUCGUGGCCGCUACGUUGGGCAAAUGGGCCCAGGACCACAGCUCCCAAUUCACGCUGGCCCUGGGGGACAACUUCUACGAGAUAGGCGUUUCCGGAGUAGACGAUCCACAGUUUGAAAACACGUGGCGUAAAAUCUACACCCAUUCGGCCCUCCAGAAGACGUGGUACGUCAUCGCUGGAAACCACGACCAUCUGUUCGGGCGCGCCAAAUACCAAACUAUGUUUGCUGCGAAAGAACCAAGAUGGUUCAUGCCGCGCCUGUAUUACUCCUUUUACAAAAACGUGGGGACGAAGAAGGUCCAUUUUAUCAUGAUCGACACCGAUCCUCUCCGCGGUGACGGAGACCGAACCCAAAUGGCUUGGUUUAGAGCCCAACUGGCGGCAUCCCUCGGGGAUUGGAUAAUCGUAGUGGGUCACCAUCCCGUCUUUUCAUCCGGCGACCACGGCAAGAGGAGCUCAACUCAAUGGAUGUACGACAACGUGCGCCCCCUGUUGGAACAAUACAAGGUUGCCCUGUAUAUUUGCGGCCAUGACCACGAUUUGGAGCAUCUUCACAAAAAGUCAGCGAGCAAGAUCGUCGAUUACGUCAUCUCUGGGUCGGGAUCGAAAACUCGCAACCAAAACCCUACUGCCCUCAGCGAUGUGAAGAAGUGGAACGUUGAAAGCACGAUGUUUAGUCGAUUCAACGGAUUUGUAGGGCUCGAAAUGACGGAGAGUGCCGUGAAAGUGUCCUACAUUGACCAGUAUGGACGUGAAAUCUAUUCGUUCAUCAAGAAUAAUCCGAAAGUUUAAAUGUCAAGCUGUUGGGCCUAUGUAAAUUGUUUUAGAGAAAAGAAUCAUAAAAAAUCAAACUUUUUUUGGCAGAAGUACAUCGGGAAAAUUUAUAAAAGCAAUUUACAUAGAUUUGUCCUAAAUUGCGACAGAUGGAAGCCAUUCUCAACUUAAGCUCACGCAAUGCUUCGGAGAAGAGAGACAUCUAACACAAUAAAAAAUAUUUUUAAAAACUUGAUUCAGAGUAACGCCUAGUGAUGAAGCAGACAUGGGGAAAUUGCCUAUCCGACAGGCCAUGACCACUUGAAAUGCCAGAGGACCUGCAAUAAUUUUAAUAUCGCAGGUCCUCUGGACUGGCAAAGUAUAUGUUACAAUGUUAUAGGCCUGCAUAAUAAUGAAUCACAUGUAAACAUAUACUAACGGAAAUAAAAACACUUAGUUUAGACCAGCA